AUGAUUUAUCCUAAGGAGUUUCCCAGGCCGAGGCGGCCAAUUUAUGGAAACUAUGGCGUAAAAUUGGAUGUGACCAAGCCACAGCCUGUGGCUAAAGUUAGAGGUCUAAGACAUAAAAUAGGGCUUCUGUGGCCAUAUUUAAAGGAAUAUGCUAUGAUAUCCUCCGUUCAUGGCAUAAGAUAUUUGGCUGAUCCCAAAAUGAAGCAUUUCGAGAGAAUCAUUUGGCUUCUGAUUCUCAUAACCACCAGCAUUGGUGCCAUUGUGGUCUAUGUGGAUCUGAAUAACUUGUACCAAUCGAUAAGAAUUCAAACUACCAUCCGGAACACCAUGCAUCCGAUUUUCCGCGUUCCUUUUCCAUCGAUUGGCCUUUGUCCGAGAAACAGAAUGAACUGGAUUGUUUUGGAGAACGAAGCGACUUCCCACUUCCUGGGGCCCAAUGUAUCCGACAUUCAAAAGGACCUCUUCAUUAAAUUCUUUUAUGCUGCAUCCGAUCCGCACUUAAGCCGCUUGGGUGAAAUGUCAAGAUUCUUUUCCAACGAAACCCUGACUGCUGACCUUCACUUGCUGAACGGAUUGGAUUUGGCUGAAGUCUUUAAAUAUAUUCAGGUUAAAUGCGAACAUUUAAUCUUCUCGUGUCGAUGGAGAGGUAAUCCCAUAAACUGUUGCGAAUAUUUCGAGCUGCAGUUUACGGAGUCGGGGCUGUGUUACGUAUUUAAUGGGGAGAUAAGUCCAGAGUCUAGGAGAAAGGCGAAAGACAAUAAGUAUUAUCCCUUGAGCACCCCCCAAUAUGGCGAGGGGUCUGGAUUGGAUGUUUUCCUGCGACUCAAUAGAUCCCUAAUUACCCGCGGUCGACGUGGCGUAUACUUGAUGAUUAAGCAGCCGCAACAGUGGAGCGAUGUGGUGCGCCUCGUGCCACAUGAGGCGCAUUCCCGUGUCAGUAUUGCGCCUCGCCUUACAGAUACUGACGAACGGACCCGUGCAGUUACGCCAGAAGUAAGGCGAUGCAUUUUUCCGGACGAAAUCGAUCAUCCUGCCUAUAAAACCCUCCCGGGCUUUGAGUAUUGGAUGGGAAACUGCCGCAGCAAGUGCCAUCAGGAGAAUGUCGUUAAUUUGUGCAAAUGUAAUCCAUCUAUAUUCUUUCCUGUCACUGAUAAAGAUAACUUUACUGUCUGCAAAGCUUCGGAUUUUAAGUGUCUCUAUGAUAAUAGACUUGUCUUCAGUACUGAAAGACAUCCAGAGGAGAAGGACUAUGUGGCUCAUCUUUACGAAGAAAGCAUGAUCUGUGACUGCUUCACCAGUUGUAAACAACUAAUUUUUGAUCGUGUUUUCACCAGCACUCCAAUGGAUAACAAUGACACUGAUACCGAUGUGGGAACAAUGCGAGUUGAAAUUUUCUAUCAAUCUGGUUGGUUUAUUCAAUAUCAAACUACCAUGCGUUUCACUUUUGUGGAACUUUUGGCUAGUUUUGGAGGCAUAAUUGGUUUGUUUUUGGGAGCCUCUCUUCUAAGUGCUUUUGAAUUAGUUUAUUACUUUACGAUUGGGUUAUUUUUGUACUUGCAUGGCGAUAGAAAAUUGGAUGAUACUUUGAACCAAUCUCAAACCCACACUCCUAUCAUUAAUAUUCAGUUGGGCCCAAGAAAAAUUACACCAAUUAAAUACAGAUAUUAG